AUGGCAAGAAAUCUCAAGAAGGUGCUUCAGCUUAUUCAAUGCCAGCUUCUGCUCACCUAUUAUAUAUGCGAUGAGCUCGAGCUUUUUUCAUUGACGCUGAUGACUUCUCAAAAUUUUUCACCAAAUUUUACGCUUUUUCUUUUGCACAGGGAAAUGGUCCUUACAGAGUCAGGAAGCAGUAAAAUAGUCAUUGUGAUGUCAGAACGAGCUGAGCCGUCUGGGAUGAUGGGGAGUCAUCGUGCAGAUGAGCCGCAGUGUACUCGCGAUGGCCAUCGCGAGCACGAGUACAGUGGUGCGGAAGGAGGAGCCAGUGGCCAUGGUUGUGGGACAGCGCGUUGGUGGGACAGCGCGUUGGUGGGAAGGCGCGUUGGUGGGAAGGCGCUGGCUUCUUGGGUUAUGAUCAUCCUUCCUUCAAACUUCUGUGGGCCAAACAGCAAGCUCGGGUUUUAA